AACCGCAGACCUGGGCGCUGGCACACUGCGGCCGGACCCUGCCGCAGCGGUGGGUGCAGAGAGGUGUCAGAGGACUGGGAGGCAGGGCAGGCUGGGUGGUCCCGAGCCCCGACGACACCGACAGCUCCUCUCGGUGCCCGGGUAUCCACAGGAGCUGCUGCGAUGGAGCUGGGGGAUGUCUGGAAGCCCACGUACGGCCCUGGCCCCGAGGCGCCGGGGAGCAGCACGCCGGGGCUGGUGGCGAUGGCGCACGGCUUCCUGCGGCUGGUGCAGCCCAACGCCCUGCCCACAGAGCUGAUUAAUUUUGAUCAGUCCCAGAGUGGGUUCAGCCGAGAUGACAUCAAUGAGCUGCUGCUCUACGAACUGGGUUUCCUGGUCUGCGCGGCCAUUGGAAUCCUCCUCAUCAUCCUGGUGCCGCUGGUGGGAUUCUGCUUCUGCUGCUGCCGCUGCUGCGGGCACUGCGGGGGCCGCAUGUACCAGAAGCAGCGCCGGCGGAUGCGCUGCCGGCGCCGGGCGCUCUGGGCCUCCGUGCUGCUGCUCUCCGCCUUGCUCCUGGCUGGUGGUGUCUGUGCCCUCAUCAGCAACAGCCGCUUCUCCCAGGCUGUGAAGAGCACCUUCCCCAAUGUGAACAACACUCUGGACAACGUCCACACCUACCUGGCCUCCAUCCCCCAGCAAGUUGAUUUUGUCAUCGACAAGAGCGAUGUCCCACUGAGCUAUGCCAACCGCAGCCUGCAGGACAUUGGGCCCAAACUGGGCAGCAUAAUCACCUCCCGCAUCAGGAACAGCACGGAUGGGGCUCUGGGAUCUCUCCAGAGCCUCUUGCAAGGGAUGGAGACACUGAAUGACACCUUUGCCAAGAUUGCCAUCCACCGCUCAGACCUCGAGGAGCUGCAGAGCAGCUACAGCCAGGGGCUGGUCAGCCUGAGGGACAGGCUCAAUGGCACCCUGCAGAAAUGUGGCCUCCCCUGCCGCCAAGUGUCCCUGGAGGGGCUUGCCUUCAGUGCCAACUUCAGCACGAUCCCAGGUGUGGAGCAGCAGCUGCAGGCACUGCGUGAGGUCUCUGAGUCAAACAUAAAAUCUGAUUUAGAGGAGGUUAACACAACGCUGGGCAUGACCCCUGACAAGGUGCAAGAGCAGUCCCAAGAGGUGGUGGCAAAGAGCCAGGAGCAGCUGCUCCUCAUCAGGCAGGAGAUCAGGAACUUGCAGGAAAGGUUGCCACUCCUGGAUGUGGAGCAGAAAGUUGGGGCCUUUGUGAACAAUGCCACAUCCGUGCUGGAGAAGUACAGGGAGCCGAUCGUGGCCUGGGAUGGGCUCAGGUUGAUCCUGUGUGCCUUCCUGUGCUGCACGGUGCUGCUGGUGGUCCUCUGCAAUGUUUUUGGGCUGCUGCUGGGGCCCCUGGGGCUGAAGGAAGGCGUGCUGCCCACACAGCGCAGCAGCCUCUCCGAUGCUGGCGGGAACUUCUUCAUGGCAGGGGUUGGCUUCAGUUUCAUCUUCUACUGGCUGCUCAUGCUGCUGGUGAUGAUCACCUUCGUGCUGGGGGGGAACAUUUACAUGCUCCUCUGUGAGUCCUGGCACAACCAGCAGCUCUUCCAGCUCCUGGACACCCCUGGCAAGAUCCCUAACUUCAAUCUCUCAGAGCUGCUGGGCCUGAAGGGUGACACAACAAACUUCUCAGAGAUAUACAGGCAGUGCCAGCACGACGCGUCCCUGUGGCAAACUCUGCACUUGGACCAGAGCGUGUCCCUGGACGAGCUCCUGAAUAUCAGCCAGUACGCAGGAAACAUCUCCACAGCUUUUGAGAAGAUGGACAUCACCCUAAGCCCCAUCUCCCUGCUCAACCAGAGCCAGAAGGACCUGCUGCUGAGGGCCAGUCAGGCUGCACAGCCUCCCAACUUCACCCUCACCCUGGAGCAGCUGGAUCAGAAUAUGACCCAAAGAAGCCUCCUGGAUCUGGCUGCAGAGUUGGAGCAGCUGGCAGAAAACAUGGGCACAGACGUGAAGAAGGACCUGGAAGAUAAUGCUCGUGAACUGAGGGAUCUGGAAAAGGAGAUGCAGGGGAACUUCUCUGGGCCACUGCAAAGUCUGAAGGAGAACAUCCACUCAGUGCAGAGUGGAGCUGCCCAGCUGGAGGGACAGACAACAGCUGCACUGGACAAAGCCAACAAAACCCAGGAGUUCCUGGAGAGGGAGAUGCCAAACAUCAUCAAGAACGAGACAUUGGCCUUCCUGGAGCAGCUGUUGGAUUUCUUUGAGACCUACAUUUCAUGGGCCAAGAGCAGGGUGACAAAAGAUGUGGCACGUUGCAAGCCCAUAGCUCAGUCCUUGGAUGAUGUGGAGGUCAUUGGCUGUGACUAUAUCAUGGACUCUGUGAAUGCCUUCUGGUUCAGCCUGGGCUGGUGCACCUUGUUCCUGCUGCCCAGCAUCGUCCUGUCUGUCAGACUUGCCAAGUUUUACCGCCGCAUGGAUACUGCUGAUGUGUACAGGAAUGAAGACUUUGAGAUGGUAUACAGCAUGGCCCAAACAGAGAAGAAAGGUGGGCUGCUCCGGAAAUCUUCAGCCUCCAAGAAGCCUUUGAAAGAGAAAGUGGUGUUGAUGUAUGAUGAAAUUUUCACGACAGAGGACCCCAGUAAAUGCAACCCUAGGUUUUGGGAGGAGCUAUUUCUCAUGAAGGUCAACCUGGAGUAUCUAGAAGGCAAGCUGGAGGCUCUGGAUGGGGAAGAAUUAAUGAAGAUAAAAGACAACAUCAACUGCUUGUUUCAGCACUGCAUCCAGGCCCUGGGUGAGGAGCACCCAAUCAGAGUGGUGAAUGCAUUACAGACUUUGUGUGCAUUGAUCCGCGGUGUCCAUCAGAAGAACAAAUCCACUUCUGGGUUUGACAUCAUCAACAUGCUUGUGGGUUUUGACAAGGCAGAGCUGUGUAUGAAGAAUCUGAUGGAGAGCUUGGACUCCCUCCUCUGUGCAGAAGGUUCUGAAAGCCUCAAAAGCUUGUGUCUGAAGCUACUUCUCUGCUUGGUGACAGUGACAGAUAACAUUAGCCAGAACACCAUCCUGGAAUAUGUGAUGAUUAACAGCAUAUUUGAAGCCAUUUUACAGAUCCUGUCCAGCCCUCUCAGUCGCAGAGAGCAUGGGUAUGAUGCUGUUGUCCUUCUGGCCUUGCUGGUCAACUACAGAAAGUAUGAGUCAGUGAAUCCCUACAUUGUGAAGCUGUCCAUUGUGGAUGAUGAGGCCACACUCAAUGGAAUGGGACUUGUAAUUGCCCAGGCUUUAUCGGAAUAUAACAGGCAAUACAAAGAUAAAGAAGAGGAGCAUCAGACUGGUUUCUUCUCAGCCCUAACUAACAUGGUGGGCAGCAUGUUCAUAGCAGAUGCUGAUGAGAAGAUCUCUGUCCAAACAAAUGAAGCAAUCCUUCUGGCCCUCUAUGAAGCUGUUCACUUAAACAGGAAUUUCAUCACAGUUCUGGCACAAAGCCAUCCUGAAAUGGGCCUGAUGACAUCACCAACGAGCCCAGUUCCAACCACACCUGUCACUCCACUUGGAACCACCCCACCUUCUUCAGAUGUUAUAAGCUCUGCAGAGCUGCCUUUGGAUGCUGAUGUGCAAACGAGCAACCUGCUGAUAACCUUCUUGAAGUACAGCUCAAUUGUGAUGCAGGACACAAAAGAUGAGCACCGGCUGCACAGUGGCAAGCUGUGCCUCAUCAUCCUGACGUGCAUAGCAGAGGAUCAAUAUGCUAAUGCUUUUCUUCAUGAUGACAACAUGAAUUUUCGUGUAAACCUACACAGAAUGCCGAUGAGGCACAGGAAGAAAGCAGCAGACAAGAACCUGCCCUGCCGCCCGCUGGUGUGUGCAGUGCUUGAUUUGAUGGUGGAAUUCAUUGUAACACACAUGAUGAAAGAAUUUCCUAUGGAUCUCUAUGUACGGUGCAUUCAGAUUGUGCACAAGCUGCUGUGCUACCAGAAGAAAUGCAGAGUGAGGCUUCAUUACACUUGGAGGGAGCUCUGGUCAGCUUUGAUCAACUUGUUGAAGUUCCUCAUGUCUAAUGAGACUGUGUUGCUGGCCAAGCACAACAUCUUCACCCUUGCUCUUAUGGUUGUGAACCUGUUCAACAUGUUCAUCACUUAUGGAGACACAUUUCUGCCCACUCCCAGCAGCUAUGAUGAGCUCUAUUAUGAAAUCAUUCGCAUGCACCAGAAUUUUGACAACCUUUAUUCUAUGGUUCUAAGGCUGUCUACCAAUGCUGGUCAAUGGAAAGAGCCUGCAAGCAAGGUGACCCAUGCAUUAGUCAAUAUUAGAGCCAUCAUCAAUCACUUCAACCCGAAGAUAGAGUCUUAUGCUGCAGUGAAUCACAUAUCACAGCUCUCCGAGGACCAGGUUUUGGAGGUGGUGAGGUCCAACUACGACACGCUGACGCUGAAGCUGCAGGACGGGCUGGACCAGUACGAGCGCUACUCGGAGCAGCAUAAGGAGGCUGCCUUCUUCAAAGAGCUGGUUCGCUCCAUCAGCAUCAACGUGAGGAAGAACCUUGCUUUCAACACGCUGAGCCAGGAGCUGCUGCUGAAGGAAUUCUCGACGAUCUCGUGAGGCGGGGACGCUGCGGCAGCGCGGGCGGAGCCGGGCUGGGACUGGCCCCGGUGGGCAGGGACACUCCGCUCUGCGGCCGGUCCCCUGUGCCUGCGGAAGGGACUGAGUUUCUUUUAAGGGAACGCCUUGCUGCUGUGUGUCUGAUCCCAAAGGAAUGUGUUUAAACAGAACUUGGGCUGAGGAGAGCUGAUUGGCAUGUUGAGGAGGAAGCAACUUUUUAUGGUGCCACGGGAGUGGGCAGCCAUUCCUGUGACAUAGCAAUGGGAGAUUCCCUCCACAGCCUCAGGGAAAAUGCACUGGAAACCUUUGUAGCAGAGCUGGGGAGAGCUCACAACUGAAAUAAUAAAACCAGCCCAGCUGUGUGAAACUGUUCUGGGUAGAGAUUGCUCACCUGCUCGAUGGGGAAAGCUCUUUGGUCCCAGGUGAGGGCUGUUCUUGUCCAUCAGCCUGGGUCAACGUGUCCUCCUGUCAUGUAAGUCAAAUCCAUUGCCAUCCCAUUGGGAAUGGCUUUGGAUUAUAAAACAGUUUCCCCAAGGAGCAGGCCUUGCUCAAUGCUGUCUCCUGAUGUCAAAAGGUGUCACUUCAACCAAGCCAUUGGAAAAGGGGAAACUUUGCUUCCAAGGCUGUUGGCUUGCAGGGUCCAUUGUGAGCCAGGAUCCAAGAACAUGGGUCAUCAAACAGAGCACUUUGCUACUGGAGACCAGCUCUGCUUGGGGUCACUGUUGCUUCCGGUAGCUCCAGCUCAUCUGCUGUUUCUAAGGUAGAGGGACAUUUUUAGACCUUUGGUUUUCAUGGGGCAGAGGCUGACUCCUUCUCCCCACUCACCUUGUUGCCCAUCAGAGACCGCUUUGUGACAAUCCUCCUCUUCCUCACGGGAACAUCUGCCUUGCACAUGUUUGCAGGUGCCUGGUGACCUUCAUAAAUGAAGAAGUCUCCAGUUUUUCCUUUGUGUGUAGCACACAGUUAAAAUGCAUCUGGAGAAGUAGUGACUUCACUUUCCUGCCCUCCUGUCUUCACCAAGUGACGUUCAGCCGUGUCUGCUGAGGGCUUCCCAAGGAGCAGCUCUGGGAUGAUGCUCUGGGGCACAGGCACCUCUCUGCUCCCAGAGCCAGUGCUGCAGAGGUGCCCACAUCUGGCAGAGCCUGUUUAGAGUGCUGUGUCAGGCUCCCAGCUCAGGAAUACACAACAUGAACACCUGUUCCACACCUGUUCCCUGCUCAUGCAUUUUCAGCUCCCAGCACUGAUGUUAUGAUAUUAGGAUCUGGCCUGACGUGGUGGACUGAAGUAGAGAAGUUAUUUACAUCCCAGAUCCACAGUUUUUUUUCCUCCCCCUAGAAAACAGAUGUUUUUUUUAAAAAGUGCCUAGUCCUGCUCUUAGCCUUGUAGGUUAGUGUGAGUAAUGUGGAUGUCAUGCUCAUUUACUACCAUUUUUAGGCAAGGCUUUUUUCAUGCUAUUGUGCGUUAAUUGUGUUAAUGUUUCAUCUUACCUGCUAUGAGCAUGGGAAACUGAGAGCUGUGUCCUUGGCCACCCACUGGGCACAACACUGAUGACAUCCCUAUGUUUUCCUUGGGAGCACUGGCUUCUCUCAGCAGAUGAUACUAUUCCUCAGCGGGGAAUUGUCUGGCUUUUAACAGCUAAGCCAGACGUUUAUUUGCUCUCUGCCAUGCAAGUGUAUGGGAAUGUGUAUGUGUCAGAGGGACAGUGCUUAGGGGAGAGCAAGCAGGCUCCAUAAAAUCACUGCUUGAGAACAGGCAAGGGCAUGUAGAGGAGGCAGCUUCUCCAGUGGAAAAUGAGGAGCAGUUGUUUGCAGUACGUGGUGCUUGUCUGGGGGGAUAGAGGGUGAUCUCACCCUCUGAGGGGUGGGAUCUCACCUUCUCAAGGGGACUUGAGGUGCAGCCCCAGCAUUGUGACUGGUGGAGCAUUGAGUCAUCCAGCUGUCCUCAUGCCUCCUGUUCUCUGAGCCCAUUUAGGCUGAGCCUAGACACAUACAUGAGAGAGUUUGGGAUGAGUCUGCUUCUGACUUGGCAGCCUCUGGACUUUUCAGCUUCUCGCUCUGGGCUCAGCUAUCCUGUCUCCCUGAGGGUGCUCCCUUGCUGGGGUGAUCAUAGAAGCCCAGGCAUGUGUAGGAUCAGUUCCUGAGCUCAGCCCUCACCCAAGUCUGAGCUGGGGAAGACUGUGAUACAUGUCCUCUUGUCACACUGUCACUGAACCAAGCACUGUAAAUGGAUGUACAUACAAACCUAGAGCUCAAUAAAUAGCAGAGCCCCGUC